CGUGUGCACAUAAAGGGUCAGAGGUUAAAUCACACGUAGCUCCCGGGACCUCCAUACCUGUUGUUUUCCCAGCUGAUCGGUCAUUUUCAUGUCGUUGUUGUAACAUCUACGAACUGUCUGCAAGGUGCAAAUGUCAGGAACAUAGAAGUACGCUAUAAUUGCGACAUCAUGGGUUAGAAAGCUGGUUGUGUUAGGUCUGCACGCGCACGUCAGUUAAGGUGCACAAGGAGCCAACCUGCGCUGCUGACAAAACAUACUCAGGACAGAUCUUCAGACAGUGUUACCCCCAUGUCCAGGUCAGGUCCACUGUACUGGUAGUACAAGUUGAGGAGCUGCACAGCAGGAGGUGCAGACACAGAGGCUAUGGGACAGGAUCAGUCCCAGGAACACUAUUUCUAUGACGAUUCGGAUGAAAUGUGGCACGAGGGUGCAGAAGAGGAACGCUCUCCCGAACACGAGCUGGAGUCCAUCUCCAGCACCCAGUCCCAGGAGGGGGACGCAGGCGUGUACCUGCAGAGUUACCUGCAGAGUAAACUACGGCAGGGUUCUGAUAUGGUACUUGCAGUUCAGGGCCGGCUGCAGAAGCAUGCAGCUAUCUUGAGGAAGAUUGCAGUGCUGGAUUACAAGGACCUACAGGAUGCAGUGAAGGAGCUGAAUGAAGUAACCAAGACGUUCAGUGAGGUGCAGGGUAAGCACCUGGUAUUCACAAUUAAGAAGGGCACAGAUGAAGGGGCACUUUGGAAGGCGACUGUCAGAAUUAGAUGUUUAAAGAUUGACUCUGUUUGUGGAAGAAUAGAGUCCACGCGGCUGCUGAACCUGAGACAGUUCAUCGCCGUGUACAACACAGUUCUGCAGCAGGCCGAGGCUGCGGUAGGCAAGCAGGGGAAAGAGCCGAGUACAGGAGGGGAUGGCACGGGUGAGGAGGAGACCCCUGCUGAGUUGCAGGCCUCCAUCAUCUUUACAGGACUGCAGUCUAUGCAGGAAGAAGAUGACAACGAAUGCUGUAUAUGUAUGGACAGGAGGUCAGAGGUCAUCCUUCCCUGUACACACAGUUUCUGUCAGGAGUGCAUCGACAAAUGGAAUGUCAUACAUAACACAUGCCCGAACUGUCGUGGGCGGAAUGACCCCAAGGACUCCUGGGUAAUGCCGGACAUGCCGGACAGUCAGGAAAUCAGAGACUAUCUAAUGGGUGUCACUGAGGGCAACGGCAAUGGAAGUCAGAAAUUGAAGUGAUAAAUGAAUAUCUGGCAUGAGCUCUUGAUAAUAAUACAUGCAUAUUUUACCACAAGAAUCAGUGGUCACUAGUCAGUUGAGACUGUCAUAAAAUCAGCCGACUUUCAGUGCUUAAGUUGCAACUUUCUGCUUGUAGAAAAAGGAUGAUUUGUGUGACAUAUUCCCUUUAUAAAGGGACAUGUCUGGAUCCAUAGCAAGUAGCAAGAGCAAGACCUUUCACUUCAUAACAUGUGAAUUUCCAUACCAAUUUUGGUCAUGUGCAUGAUGUAUAUACCCAAAUGGAUUAUACAUUGAGGCUGUUGAUCUUCAUCCGUGUCUGAAAGUCAUGGUUUCUCCACACUGGGAAUUAAUCUCUCUAUAUAAGCAAUAUCUUACAUUCAUUUCGUCAUACCAUUGUUAUUCAUAAAGUGAAUACAUGUAUUAUGCUUUUCAAAUGCAAAUUAGGCAGCAAUAGGAGUCAAUCCUAGAGGUUACUGAUGCUCAGGGUGUAUAAAACAGCUCUGGAAGCUUACUAUGUCAGCUUGGGUGUAAUCAAGUUAGUUUAGUGUAGUUGAAGUGAGGAGAUUGUGAUUUUUUUUUGCUAGAAAGGAAUGUUGUGUGAUAUCGUGUACAAACAAAAGCUGGGCAAGAUGUUUCUUUCAAAAUAGUGGUGGUGAGACAGCAUGCUUACAUUAUGCCUUUUUAACACAAGACAUGUCAGCUAUACGUCUAUGCAUUACAUUGAUUUAAUCCAAGAUCUAAACAUUGGUGACAUGAGAGUUAUUGUAAGUAAUGUAGGGUGACAAAAAGUGUUUGAAUGUAAGUGAAAGAGAAACUAAGUUACUAAUUUAAAAAGAUAUGAUGAUAUGGUAUAGACAUUACUUUUCUGCAGUCAGACGUUAACAUAGGGAGUGAUGAAUUUCAGAAAUGGAGAAUACCUGAAAUAGCAUGGACAUGCAUUGUAUAUAAUGUCUUUGAAACAAGCAAAAGCUUCCAUACAUUGUCACAAAUUGACAGUUUGCCUGUGAUGGUCUGUAUUGACUGCUAUAGCAAUAACAAAGACCAUUAUGUUGUGUGUAAAGUAAUGUAUGACCUAUUGAUUUUACCAAUACAUAGAGAGCAAUAUCGCAUUCUUGGCUGAAAUAUCUGGUCAAAGUGUUAGAAUACUAGGAUCCACUGUUCUGACAAUGUAAUACAUUGUGAAAUCUGGCACAAGAUAAAACAGAGAAAUAAAAGAUAAACAGAUA